AUGUCGAACUUUACUUCUCGCACACGGAAGAUUCUGUGCAUUGCGCGCAAUUACGUUGACCAUGCCAAAGAACUUGGAAAUAAACCUCCUAGCCGGCCAUUUUAUUUCCUGAAACCGCCUUCGGCCAUUCUGGAGCCUGGCCAGGGCCCGAUUCUCCGGCCGCAGGGAGUCAAGCUACACUACGAGCUAGAACUUGCAGUCAUUCUCAACAAAGAGCUCAAGAAUCUUGACUUUGAUUCGUUCACUGAGGAACAGGCGAUUGAUGCUAUUGAAGGCUAUACGUUGGCGCUGGAUUUGACCGCCAGAAACGUCCAGGACGAGGCCAAGAACAAGGGUAUGCCUUGGACCAUUGCCAAAGGUUUCGAUACAUUCUUGCCAGUUGGUCCAUUUAUUCCCAAGUCUGAAGUGCCCGAUCCUCACAAUGUCUUUUUACAACUCAAGAUCAAUGGUCAAACCCGUCAAGCUGAUUCGACCUCCCUAAUGAUUUUCCGCAUUCCCCAGAUCCUGGCAAACAUUUCUGCCGUCAUGACGCUUCAGGAUGGUGAUAUGGUUCUAACCGGCACACCCAAAGGUGUGGGUGAGAUCGUUCCAGGCGAUGUUUUGGAAGCUGAACUGCAAGUGGACGGUAAAGUCAUUAGCAGCAUGAAGUUCACUGUUGAUGAGAAACCAGGUCCCUAUACGUACCGCGAAACCUAA